UGAAGACUCAAUCAUAAACGAAUCCUACAGCCCUGGAGGAUAUCUUUUCAUCCUUGAGGUGGGUGAAAUCAAUUGGCCCAGGAGGGGUUCUGCUCGGAUGUGCUUGGCUCAAGAGUGUUUCAAACGCCCCAAAAGCUACAGUGGUGACGAGUGGGAACACUGACGACCGACUUUGAGAGUGAAGCCGUACCGGGAGGAUGGAGACUGAGGAUACCCCACAGACGCCCGCCUCGCCCACGCCCGAGAUGAUGACUGCGAUGGUCUCGGAGGAAGAAGUCACGGAGCUUCAACCGGUCAGCGAGGGGGAUGAGGAUGCGAAAAGUCACGUGGACACGGACGCGGACUCCGACUUUGAUGUGGAAGGCAAUAAGAAGGAGAAGGGUGGGGACGAGACGCUGACCGAACUCCUACACUUGUCACAGACAGAGCUGGUGGUCUUGUCCAAGUCCUGGGAUAUGUUCAUGGUCGCGCUGGGCGGCGAGCGAGAGACCGUGGGCGACGCCAUCUUCGGGGCCUUGACCUCACGGCUUUCGGUGUUACAGGAAGCCUUCAAAGGCCGGCCAAGGGCAAUCGUCUCCCUGAACCUCUUCAAUGGCUUUCGGCUGCUGUGUGAAAAGAGCCCGGAUCCCAACGACCUGAAGCUGCAGGUGGAGACAUUGGCUUUCAAGCAUUUGGGGAACGAAAUCACUCAGCAGCGUGUGGAUGCGGUGACCGAAGCCUAUUUGGAACUGAUGCAACAGAAUGUGCCCGAGCUGCCACCGGGCAGCAUCAAUGUUUGGCAGAAGAUGCUCACCUACACUGGCUCCUGCUGCAGGUACAUCAGCGCUACCUACACUGAGCGCCUGAAGAUCAUCCAGGAGGAUUGGCACGUGAUUCAAAAUGCGCAAGAGGCGGAGCAUGAAGGAGAUGAGUCCGUGACGCGCUCCUUCGCUGGGAUGUGCACCUUCAGCAGCGAGGUCAUCGGACAACAGAUCGAAGGCUGGAUGGAAGAACUCCUCACGGUCUUCACAGUCCUGGUGGAACGGAUUGGGAAUCCCUCCCACUUGAUGGAGG